AGGUGUCGCAGAACUAUAAAGGUUGAGAACCGCUAGCAUUAAUCAAUAACUGAAUGGACUCACAAUUGCUAAUGGGAUUAAUGUAUGAUCCUAUGUGUUGAGCCAAAAUAACUUUAUGAUUGUGGGUCGACGCAUAGUAAGAAUUAUAUACAAGUGUCGCAGAACUAUAAAGGUUGAGAACCGCUAGCAUUAAUCAAUAACUGAAUGGACUCCCAACCACUAAUGCGAUUAAUGUAUGAUCCUGUGUGUUAGGUAUUGUGUGUGACUACAAACUGACCUGACUUGGGUCAAACUACAAGUUUGGGCAACGCAGCUUCUUUGUAGUAUCUUGUUUAUAAUUAGUUCAUCCUAAGCCUUUCAGGAACAGACAUUUCUUAGUUGAAAUGGACAAAGGACUCAGGUUUAUCACAAGUCUGGCAUUGGCUGUAACAUGUGUACGUUUGAUGACAUCGGAUGUGGUCACCUCCUCUAUGAAGAUACGUCGCAUGGUUACAGAAGAGAAGAAUUUAUUGCUGAAACUCAAAAGCUUCAUUGACAACCAGAUAGAAAGCAUAAAAAAUAUGUCACAAUUCUAUGCAGAUCGACGUCUAGAACUACUUGUGGAGAAAGCUACAACUAACAUGACUGAUUUAGAACACCCGAACACUAUUUAUCAUGUCAUUAAAAAAUUUGUCCAUCAGUAUGGUAAAGCACUGAACGAAAACUACGAUUGUUUCUUAAAGACAAUCCAGAAAUCAACAGAUGUUUAUUUGUCAGAACAACCGGAAAUCAAUGAGGCAUCCAUGGCGCUCUUACGUCUCCAGGCUGUUUAUAACCUAACUGUGACAGAUAUGGUUGAUGGGGAUUAUUUAGGAUAUAAAGGACCAGCUCUAACCAGUGUCGAUGCAGUAGAACUUGGAGUUUUUGCUCUUAGUGCCCAAGACUAUCUAACAAGCUUGGAUUGGUUAAACGCUUCAAUAACUAAACAUUCAGACAUGACUUAUACUCAAACAUUAUUGAUCGAAUUACCCACUAUUGCUGUGUUGAAGGCUCUAAUGGGAUUGGUAUAUCUGCGUAUAGGUAAAAUAGAUGAAGCUAAGCAUUUGUACAAUGAAUCAAAAAUGUUGGAUCCCAAAAGCUUUUCUCUUGCAGAACUUGAACAACAGUUAUUGAACCCACCAGAUGUUGAGCCCGUGAUUGAAAGGGAAUUGACGUUAUCAAACUACUCUCGACUGUGUCGACAACGUCAUCAACAGUUUCACCAACCCCCCAAUGACGUCAGACUUGUGUGUAGAUACAGAGGAACAUUGUUACCAUAUUAUCGCUUCCAAGAGGAACUACUCUCUAUCUCUCCAUUUGUUUCACUGAUCUACAAGUUUACCACUGACGCCGAGAGUGAAUUCUUUAAAUCUGCCGUCCGAAACAAGUUAAAGAAAGUUGAAGAACCAGACUCGGCAGACGACAGCUCUAUCACGGAGACCAGAACUGGGCAAGUAGCAUAUGUUGAAGAGAACAGCUCAGAAACUGCUCGCCAAUUGGUUGAUAAAAUAGCGCAUGUGACUUAUCUUGAAACAUCCUUUCAAAAUGGAAAGAAAGCUGUUGAUUCUUUACAGGUAGUCAACUAUGGUCUAGCCGGACAUUUUAAAGUCAACAAUGACUCGGCAACGGAGACUUUGCACAGAAUGUUGACAUUUCUGAUUUAUCUAAGUGACGUGAAAAUGGGCGGUGCCACAGUCUUCCCACAACUAGGACUUUCAGUAACACCAGUCAAAAACAUGGCACUAAUGUGGUACAACUUGAAUACGUCACACCAAUAUGAGACUAUGACCAGCCAUGCUGCAUGUCCAGUUCUUCGAGGACAUAAGUGGAUUUUAACGAAAUUGAUAAUAGAUCAACCCAAUAUUUUCCGAAGACGCUGUGGGCUUCAGCCAAAUGUUUCCCAAUUAGAAAUUGAAGAGGACAUGAAACGUAGAUAUAGAAUAUAAUUGUAUUCACUUUAUGUUACCAUCAAAUUCAGAUACAAUAUUUCGUUGUCAUUAAUACAUUUAUUUAUUGCC